CCCUACAACUCACCAAUAGAAAGCUCAUUUUUGUUUAUGUUUCUCAUUCAAGAAAACAUUAAAUUCAAAGCAUGAUGAAGAAACAAUUGGUUGUCAUAAUUAUUUUAGUUGUUAUGUUCGUUGUUUUCUUGGACGCUACGCAAGUUGAAGCCAUGAGGCCUUUCCCGGAGACCGUCGAUGAGAUCGGGCUUCUGUUUCAGGCGCUGCAAAGAGGUCCGGUCCGUGGCUCUGGUCGGAACGGUUGCACCAAUAUACCUCGCGGGAAAGGCAGAUGCCAUAACUGAGAGCUGUCACACGAAUCUUUUUUCAUCUUCAUCAUUCUUUGAUUCUAAUUUUGUGUCCACAUUUGUGUGUUACGUACAUAAAUUACAUUUACGUACUUAAACGAUAGCUUUAGACUUCGUUUCAUGUAAAUCAAUUUUAAUCAACUGAAAUUUAAUUGGUUUAUUAGCGUGUGUACUCUAUUAUACUAACAUCUUUUUCACAA